UGUCCCCUGUGUACCCAUUCCCUGCAGCGUUCCCUGCUGGCUGUGGUGGAGAUUGGUGUGCUGUGAAUUGCAUAAUCACCCAAAUGAGUACCAGAGGAGUCUAAGAAACCCUGGCAACUGACUGCUUGCUUUCACCAGGAAUAGGGACCUUUUUCUGAAUUUCCUGCCCUCAGGGAAAGGUAUCAAGCUUUAACCUCAGAUUUACCAAAAAUUUAUCUCCUGACAAGAUAAAUCUAAGUACCCUUAAAGGAGAAGGUGAACUGAAGAAUUUGGAGUUGGAUGAAGAAGUGCUCCAGAAUAUGUUGGAUUUGCCAACAUGGCUUGCUAUCAACAAAGUUUUUUGUAAUAAAGCGUCCAUUAGGAUCCCAUGGACAAAACUGAAAACACAUCCCAUCUGUUUGUCCCUGGAUAAAGUAAUAAUGGAAAUGAGUACCUGUGAAGAACCAAGAGGCCCUAAUGGUCCAUCACCAAUUGCAACUGCUUCAGGACAAAGUGAAUAUGGCUUUGCUGAAAAAGUAGUUGAGGGAAUUACUGUUUCUGUAAAUUCUAUAGUCAUCAGAAUUGGAGCAAAAGCCUUCAAUGCAUCAUUUGAACUUUCUCAGCUUCGGAUCUAUAGUGUAAAUGCACACUGGGAACAUGGAGAUUUAAGGUUUACUCGUAUUCAGGAUCCACAAAGAGGAGAGGUUUUGACUUUUAAAGAAAUAAAUUGGCAGAUGAUAAGAAUAGAGGCAGAUGCUACCCAGAGUUCACAUCUUGAAAUUAUGUGUGCUCCUGUUCGAUUAAUAACCAACCAAUCAAAAAUCAGAGUCACACUUAAAAGAAGGUUAAAGGACUGCAAUGUCAUAGCAACAAAGUUAGUUCUAAUAUUGGAUGACUUAUUAUGGGUUUUAACUGAUUCCCAGUUGAAAGCUAUGGUACAAUAUGCAAAAUCUCUUAGUGAAGCAAUAGAAAAAUCAACAGAACAAAGAAAGAGUAUGGCUCCUGAACCUACACAGAGCUCUACAGUAGUCGCAUCUGCCCAGCAAGUGAAGACAACACAAACUUCAAAUGCUCCUGAUGUAAAUGAUGCAAUUGUGAAACUAUUCAAUGACUUUGAUGUUAAGGAAACCUCCCAUCAUUUAGUAAUUUCUCAUCUAGAUCUACAUAUAUGUGAUGACAUUCAUGCUAAAGAAAAAGAGUCAAACAGACGUAUUACUGGAGGGGCAAUGCAACUUUCUUUUACGCAGCUAACUAUAGAUUAUUAUCCUUACCAUAAAGCAGGAGAUAGCUGUAGUCAUUGGAUGUAUUUUAGUGAUGCAACCAAAACAAAAAAUGGAUGGGCCAACGAGCUAUUGCAUGAAUUUGAGUGCAAUGUUGAAAUGCUUAAACAGGCUGUGAAGGAUCAUAAUGUAGGUUCACCUCCUAAAUCCCCAACACAUGCCUCUCCCCAGCACACACAAACAGAGAAGGACUACACUCUGAAAGGGACAUGCAGAACACCUUCAGUAUUAUGUCAACAGUCAAAAGCUAAGCUAAUGUCUAGUUCUGUUGUGGUUAGACUUGCAGAUUUCAAUAUCUACCAGGUCUCUACAGCAGAACAAUGUCGUUCUUCCCCCAAAAGUAUGAUUUGCUGCAAUAAAAAAUCCCUAUAUCUUCCACAAGAAAUGUCAGCUGUCUAUAUAGAAUUCACAGAAUAUUACUAUCCAGAUGGAAAGGAUUUUCCAAUUCCAUCUCCUAACCUCUAUAGCCAGCUGAAUGCAUUACAGUUUACUGUGGAUGAAAGAAGCAUUCUAUGGUUGAAUCAAUUUCUGCUGGAUUUAAAACAGAGUCUUAAUCAGUUCAUGGCUGUGUACAAGUUGAAUGACAAUUCAAAAUCCGAUGAGCAUGUUGAUGUUCGAGUUGAUGGCUUAAUGCUAAAGUUUGUCAUUCCUUCUGAAAUGAAAUCUGAAUGUCAUCAAGAUCAGCCACGUGCAAUUUCUAUUCAGAGUUCUGAAAUGAUUGCCACAAAUACAAGGCACUGUCCAAACUGUCGACAUUCUGACCUAGAAGCUUUGUUUCAAGACUUUAAAGAUUGUGAUUUUUUUAGUAAAACAUAUACCAGCUUCCCCAAAUCUCGUGACAAUUUUAAUCUUUUACAUCCAAUUUUCCAGAGACAUGCUCAUGAACAAGAUACAAAAAUGCAUGAAGUUUAUAAAGGAAAUAUUACUCCCCAAUUGAAUAAAAACACUCUUAAAACUUCUGCUGCCAUGGAUGUUUGGGCUGUGUACUUUUCUCAAUUUUGGAUAGAUUAUGAAGGGAUGAAAAGUGGAAAAGGACGGCCAAUAAGUUUUGUAGACUCAUUCCCUCUUUCCAUUUGGAUUUGUCAACCAACAAGAUAUGCAGAGUCACAAAAAGAGCCACAGACUUGUAGUCAAGUAUCUCUAAAUACAUCACAAAGUGAAUCUAGUGAUCUGGCUGGCCGAUUGAAGCGGAAGAAGCUCUUGAAGGAGUAUUAUAGUACAGAGUCUGAGCCCUUGACAAAUGGUGGUCAGAAACCUUCAUCAGAUACAUUUUUCAGAUUUUCCUCUUCCUCAUCAGAGGCAGAUAUUCAUGUCCUAGUUCAUGUUCAUAAACAUGUCAGUAUGCAGAUUAAUCACUACCAGUAUCUGCUACUAAUUUUCCUGCAUGAGUCACUUAUCCUGCUUUCAGAGAACUUAAGGAAAGAUGUAGAAGCUGUGACUGGCAGUCCUGCUAGUCAGACAUCCAUUUGUAUUGGAAUUUUACUUAGAAGUGCAGAACUGGCUCUUUUGCUCCAUCCAGUGGAUCAAGCAAAUACUCUUAAGUCUCCUGUUUCUGAAAGUGUGAGCCCAGUGGUUCCUGAUUAUUUGUCUACAGAAAAUGGGGAUUUUUUGUCUUCAAAACCAAAACAAAUUAGUAGGGAUGUAAAUAGAAUUAGAAGUAUAACUGUUAAUCAUAUGUCGGACAACAGAUCUAUGAGUGUUGACCUUAGCCAUGUCCCUUUAAAGGAUCCUUUGCUUUUUAAAUCAGCUAGUGAUACAAAUCUGCAAAAAGGCAUUUCUUUUAUGGACUAUUUAUCAGAUAAACAUUUAGGGAAAAUAAGUGAAGAUGAAAGUAGUGGACUUGUUUACAAAAGUGGCUCAGGAGAAAUGGGAUCAGAAAUAAGUGACAAAAAGGAUUCAUUUUAUACAGAUUCAAGUAGUAUUUUAAACUACAGAGAAGAUUCGAAUAUGCUGUCAUUUGAUAGUGAUGGUAAUCAAAACAUACUUUCAAAUAGUUUAACUAGUAAAGGAAAUGAAACCAUACAGUCGAUCUUUAAAGCUGAAGAUUUGCUUCCAGAAGCAGCUUCACUCUCUGAAAACCUAGAAAUCAGUAAAGAAGAGACCCCUGCAGUUAGAACACUUAAAUCACAGUCAUCUUUAAGGUAACAACAUUUUAUUGGCCUUUU